UUGGCUUUGGUUUUCCCAGAUUCUAUUUUCAAAUUCAUGGUUUUACAUGUUGAAUUUUUUCAUUUUUUCUUCUUUUCAAUUUAAGGUUAGGGUUUUGUGCAUGCAAAUUUAUUAUGAGUUAUUUUAAUAUCCAGUUCAUUUUUUUCUUUGAUUUUGUUGCUGUGAAAAAUGGGUAGUUUCUAUUUAUGAUUUUUAAUUCGAAUCAAGCAUCAAAAUCUGAGCUUUUUUCAUUUCUGUUAUUUUUUUUCUCAGUGAAAUUUUUAUUUGGGAUGGAUUAUUUCUUCUUCUUUUUGCUGUUAUUACUUGUGUUUUGGGCUUCAUAGUGCAUUGAAUUGAUGCGGCAUUCACUUGAAUUUGCACUCUGCAAAGUGAACAAGAUGAAAUACUGUGAUGAAGUGUGGUGAUUGGAAGGUAUUGUGAGUGUAGUAGCAUAUUGAAUUGGAGGUGGAAUUUUUAGUCAGAUCAUGGAUCAUGUAAGGGAUGUGGGUAGUGUAGUGGGGACUGUGCUGAUUCCCAUGCGGUUUGUUUGGCCUUAUGGUGGAAGUAGUGUUUUUCUCAGCGGUUCUUUCACACGGUGGUCUGAGCUUUUGCCAAUGUCUCCGGUGGAAGGUUGCCCAACAGUGUUUCAAGUUAUUUACAGAUUGCCCCCUGGUUACCAUCAGUACAAGUUUUUUGUUGAUGGAGAAUGGCGGCACGAUGAGCAUCAACCUUAUGUACAUGGACAAUAUGGGAUAGUCAACACUGUCUUAUUGGCAACUGAUCCUAACUACAUACCUGUUAUAACUUCAGACAUUGCUUCAGGAAAUAACAUGGAUGUGGAUAAUGAGACUUUUCGCCGCAUGCAGGUCCGGGUGACAGACGGUACAUUGAACGAGGUGCUUCCAAGAAUAUCAGAUACUGAUGUACAAAUCUCUCGUCAGCGUAUUUCUGCGUUUCUGUCUAUGCACACAGCUUAUGAAUUACUUCCUGAGUCAGGCAAGGUUGUUGCAUUGGAUGUUGAUUUACCAGUGAAACAAGCAUUUCAUAUACUACAUGAGCAGGGAAUAUACAUGGCUCCUCUCUGGGACAUUUGCAAGGGGCAAUUUGUUGGUGUUCUUAGUGCUUUGGAUUUUGUUUUAAUUUUAAGGGAGUUGGGGAACCGUGGAUCUAAUCUGACAGAAGAGGAGCUUGAAACACAUACCAUAUCGGCUUGGAAAGAAGGAAAACCAUAUCUCAAUAGACAGAUCAAUGGACAUGGAACUGCAUUUUCUAGACAUCUUAUCCAUGCAGGGCCAUAUGAUAAUUUGAAAGAUAUCGCCAUGAAGGUCUUGCAAAAGGAGGUUUCAACAAUUCCUAUUAUCCAUUCAUCUUCUGAAGAUGGUUCUUCUCCACAGUUAUUGCAUCUUGCUUCACUUUCAGGAAUACUCAAAUGCAUUUGUAGGUAUUUUAGGCAUUGCUCUAGUUCAUUGCCUAUACUACAACUUCCAAUCUGUGCAAUACCUGUGGGCACAUGGGUGCCCAAAAUCGGGGAAUCAAAUCGGCGGCCUCUAGCAGUGCUGAGACCAAGCUCAUCUCUUGCUUCAGCCCUAAAUUUAUUAGUUCAAGCCCAAGCAAGUUCAAUACCAAUUGUUGAUGAUAAUGACUCACUACUGGAUAUAUAUUGUCGGAGUGAUAUAAUGGCUUUGGCAAAGGACAGGGCAUAUACACAUAUCAAUCUUGAUGAAAUGACUGUUCAACAGGCUUUGCAGCUGGGCCAGGACGUGUGUAGUCCCUACGAGCCGAGAAGCCAAAGAUGUCAGAUGUGUUUGCGUUCUGAUUCACUGCAUAAAGUGAUUGAGCGUUUGGCAAAUCCAGGUGUGAGGCGGAUUGUCAUCGUGGAAGCUGGUAGUAAGCGUUUAGAAGGCAUUGUCUCAUUGAGUGACAUAUUCAAGUUCUUUCUCAGUUAGUUGUUUGGACUGGUAAUGAAGGAGUAAAAUGGUAUGUGCAGUACUAAAGCAAAUACUUAAUUUAGGCCACCAUCACUUCAAAACAGAUGUCAAUGUUAUUUAUGUUGUGAUUUUAUCUCAUUUUAUUGUAAUACAUUUAGAUUGGCCUCUUGCUUUGGUGCCUCAGUUUAAGAUUUUAGGCUAUAGAGAAAGAGGCUUGUAAAUUCAGAGUAUUUGGUUGCCUUAAAUCUUCCCAUUUGUAUUUUUGUAUUACCUUCAAAUGUAUUGUGCCCCUGAUACAGAUACCAGAAAGGUGGGUGGGGGAGCACAAAAUCUGUAAUCAUUACAUGUUGUGAAGAUACAAAAUUUGAGUAAAAAAAUUAACAUCUAGAUUUAGAUA